CGUUGAGGUUGGUUCCGCCAUUCUGUCAAAACCGGAUCCAGCUACUGAGACAGCCACAGGAUUCAAUGCUGGAAUUGUUUAAAAACAGUCACAGCAGAUUGUGAGCUUCAGUGACAUUUCCAAUCUUGCUGCGUGUAUGAGUUGAGGUGAUGUUGGCUCAGCUGGGCAACAGUUCUACCCCUAGCGUUAGCUUCGAAGGUGGUGCAGAAGAAAGGGACAAAUCUGUACUUGUCUCCCUUCUGGAGCAGCUCACAAAUUCCACCGUCUUGCAUCCUGUGUUUCUCGACACCCCUGAACUUGUGGUGGUUGUGUCCAUCCAACGAUACUUGAGAGACCCUGGGAAUGAGGAGGGGUCCCAAUCAGCUUCCAGCUACUUUUUCGAUGUGACGGUGACUGAUCAGAUUUCUCAGGUGAAGUGCCACUUGGCUCCUGCCCUGAAUCCCCUGGUUCACUUGAACUGCCUGAGAGUGGGCCGUGGGAUUCACCUCACACGCUGCAGCCUGGUGCAUGAUGAGAAGAGGCUGAACCGAUGCUUCCUGCAGAUUGAGGCGCUGGAGCUGGUGGCUGCAGAAUGCGACCCCAGUUUGAGUAUCCCUUCCCCAAGCAUCGAGCCCUUCCGCAGCCUGACUGCAUCCCAGAUGGGGAGGGAUCUUCUGAGGACUUUGCAGAUGGAAACCCCCUUGAAAGAUGGACGGCUUCAUUAUUUACCCCUGUGGAAUAACAACGACCCGUACGGCAGAGAAUGGGCUGGCCCCAAGACGCCACCAUUUCCGAAUGUCCUUCUUGAAGGCUUAGGACUCAUUUCCCUCCAACGCUUGUCAAUGAUCUGGAGAGCAAAAGUUGGAUUUCCACGUCUUCUCGUGCGAAUAAUGCACAAGUCCAGGUUACGCUACUAUGGAGGGCGAGCAAAGGUGGACUUCCCAUAUCAGGCCUACUUUGAAGUCGCUGAUCAGUCGGGUAUGAUGCCACUGGUCCUGUGGAACUCCUUGUGCCCUGAAUGGUACCAGUCCCUGCACAUUGGCACAGUUCUCCUGCUGCAUCGGUACUCAGUUAAACACAGUUACCAGAGGAGAACCUGGGCCACUCCAUGUGACCCACAGAUAAAGAGCCUUAGAACCGUAGAGAUCUGCCUCAAUCCACGAGACCCUCGUGCUGAAAUCCAGAUUGUACCACCUCAGCAGGUCAAAGCAGAGUGGAGGUUACCUGACAUAAAAUACAAUUUUAUCACGAGGCUACAGCUGGAUAAAUUGCCUGAGGGUUUCACAUGUGAUGUUAUUGGACUUGUCACCUUUGUGGGAAGAUGUCAGAGAAUAAGAAAGGAAGAGAGCAGUGAGGAUUUCUACUUGUACCGCUGGGUGCACGCUAUAGAUGGUAGCACUGUGCAACCUUUUGUCCUGGAACUGUUUGCAACUUCACAGCCAGAAACCUUUCAACAGAUUCAUCCACUGACUUACUUGGUGUGUACCCAGAUGAGGGUGGUUCGAGAAUUACGACCCGGUGGAGUGAUGUUGAAAGUUCCCUACCUCACCACCUCUAAUGAAAGUCAGAUCUUUAUCUCAGGGUAUCACAAAGGUCAGCCAUACACAAAGGACCCAAAGGUACAGGGCUUCAUCCAGUGGGUAAAAGGGCAGCAUGAGCACGAUGUGAUGAAACGGUCCGUAAUGGGUGGUUACUAUUCCUUCCCUCCGGCCCCGAACCUAUUUCAGGAAUACUGUAAAAAUUUGGACGCUGAGGCUCUGUUGACCUCCACCAGUGAACUGAAGAAGGAGAUUGAAAGUCUGCAUUAUAGAGAGAUUAAGAGGUUUAUACUUCAGGGAAUCAUCGUUGCUGUUGAAUACAUCUGUCAGACAGAUCUGGCUGCGAGACUGAAAGCGUUCCCCGUGCAGGAAGUUGGCGCUUUUGUGGGCUCAUCUUCGCAACCCGUCAGACAUCUGGACAGCCCAGAGAAAGACACCAAGGUCACCCGACAAACAGAGCAGCUAUGUGUAAAUUCAGCAGAGCGUCAUCAGAAACAGUCAACACCAGUGUUUAACAGCUACUCACUGAGGAAGAAGUUGUCAAAUCCACCAAUGGGCAAGCUGAAGGAGAAAAGGAAGAUGAGCCAACAGAGGGUCCUGUCACCAAAAAGGCCAGCUACUGUGCAAGAUGCUGAUGUAGCAGCGAGCACCAAAGGAUUCUCCCCAGAUGCAGAACUGCCUGUGCCACCUGACAAAGAUGAUCAUGGAAGGUGUAAUGCAGGGAAUUCAACUGAUGGCAACUCAAAAUAUACAUGGAAAAGCCCUACCUGGUCAGAAAUCAGAGAACACCUGUCAGAACACUUGCAUUUUGACCAGCUUCUUCCCGAGAGCAUUCCACAGAGAUUUGUCUACAAACAUCGAGAUUUCCUAAUGCAGCAGCACAACCUUCAGGCUGCAGUGUACAGCCCAGUUCCCGCUGUCUCCAAGUUGGAGCUUCAGAGCUUUGCAUCUGCCUGUUGCCAUGACUACUACACUGUGACGAUAGUUGGUGUCAAUCACCAGGUAGCAGUUGAUGUUGUGUUUCUCCCGGUCUUGAUGAGUCAUGACAGUCACCGCAUGUUGGGACUAUCGAUGGAAGUUCACGAUAACACCCUAGCCUCGGUUAUGGCUAGUGGUUACAUUUGUGACAAACAGACUGCAGAUAACAAUCAGCCAAAAGAGAUGCCUUCUUGUCAAGAUCGAAUUAUAAAGACAGCAGCUGACCUGGACAAUACACGAGUGAUCUGUAUCCUGGAUGUGUGCCAUCAUGGUGAGGGCAAGUCUGAAGUGAUUCUAAACAAAAUAUACAGAACGAUAGAUUGAAAUCAUCCAACACCUUUUUGAGAACUUCAUUUCAACAAUAUGCAUUCCCGUUCUUAGAUUUAGAACCUGUAUUUGCUUCUCCAGGAACUGUUUGAGAAUGACAUCCUCAGGUUGAAGACUUCACAGUAUUUUAUCAUAAAUAUAUGCUAUAGUAGUCUAUUUAAUAUAAACUUUCACCAGUAGGUGUGUACAUAUUCAAACUUUUCUUUCAAAUA